AUGUCACGCAAUCUAAUUAAUGAAAUGGCACGUCGCUGGAGACUGCCGCUUACAUCCAAAGGCACAAAAGUCUGGGGUGAGUAUAUGGCUGGUACCGUUAUGCUUAGUUCAUUUUUUAAGGGUGAAGAGCGCGUCAAGGUUAUGGUUAAGACGCCCAACAUCCAAGAACUUUACGUCGAGUCGAUGGCUGCUGGAGAGAUCCGAGGCAAAGCCGUUUACGUGGACCCUUCCCUCGCUGUAGCCCCAGAACAUGGAGGAUACAUGCACGUUACCAAGAUUUUGUAUGGUGCUGCAAAGCCAUACAAUACCUCUAUCGAGGCUUCGGGUCUACCUGAAUUAGACUGGCAACGGUAUUUUGAUGUAUCGGAGCAGGUUCCGACAAUUGUGCGCAUUGAUAGCGAGGCCAACGAUGACGACACGCGCAUUUGUGGUAUUAUGGUCCAAAAAAUGCCUCCGUCGGAAACACCUGAGCGACAGUAUGAGUUGAAUGACCUCGCGUUCGAUAAAGUACCAUUUCUUGCCACGGAUCUGAAGAAUUAUACGGAUCUGUUGGGAUAUCUCAAUGAAUUAAUACCUGGUUCUGACAUCAAGAAUAAUGAGUGCAAACGUGUGCCGCUGGAUUAUUUCUGUCGAUGUUCCAAAGCCAACUAUGCGCAACGUCUUCGAGAAAUGGGAGCUGCCGACUUAGAGCAAAUCGCCACCGGCGUAGGCAGUGCUGGGGUCGAUCUUACUUGUCAUUUUUGUAAUGAUGCACACCAUUUUUCUGCCAACGACCUAAAUGCUUUAAUUAAGUCGUUACGCUAA